AUGGAGGUGCUUCUAACAAAGAGCUGUCUUUGCUUAAUGGCUACUUAUAUGUGGGGAGCAUAUGAAGCAAUCAUUUUAAUGUUAAAAUUGUUGAGCAUAUCAUUAAUUUCAUUGUCAGCUCUGUACUCUCUAAAUUGUCGAGCUACCAAAGAAGAAGAAAUAGAACGCCUCAAGGACGAGCUACGUGGGAGAGAUGAAGAAAUUGCGAUGGACCGGGAAUAUGUGAGAGAAACCAAGAGACUUGGGACAACCAUUGAAUCUAUGCGCAGUGAUUUAGAGAGUGUGGUUAAAAGUGCUUUGUCACGUCUACGUGCAUUGCCUCCUCUACCUAAGCAACUCAAAGAAAAGCAUAGAAUGGGAGAAGAGGACCUUGUCGGGGCUUUCGCGAGUAUCGAUAAUACUAUAGAAUAA